CGUCGACUCGGCUCGGCUCACCUUUCCACGGCUCUCCGACUUCUGCUGCAACUUUUCUUUUUCUGUUCUAGAUCCCGCGUGCGACACCGAGUGCGUCCGUUGUCUUGCCAUCGCAGCAAGAGUUCGAAUCUGCGACUCGAGCUUCUCUUCUUCUUCUUCUUCUCUCGCGACUCGGGGAAGAAGGCGACCGGUAUGAGGGUGUUGCGGCUUGGCCUCUUGCUCGCGCUCGCCUCCGGACUCCUCGCGCUCUGCAUCUACAUAACCGGCGUCUCCGAUUUCUACGGUGGCUAUCGGCUCUCCGACGACGAUUUGGACGCUCUGCGGUCUCUGCAGAGCCAGUUCCAAAAGUGCGUGAAGGCGAAUGGAUUGGGAUUAGAAGCUGUCAGUGGGAAGAGUAUCUGUGAAGUCGCCUUGAGCUUCCCUCCUGACACUGUUUCCAAAUGGAAAGAUCCCAAAUCUGGAGAACUUGAAGGUUUGUCUUUCGAUUUCAAUCUUUGUGAAGCUGUAGCUACAUGGGAACAGGUGAGGAAUAGUACCACUAUACUUACCAGGGAGUUCCUUGAUGCUUUGCCAAAUGGGUGGGAAGACUAUGCGUGGCGGAGGAUUAACAAAGGAAUACAACUCAACCAAUGUGAAAAUAAGACUCUAUGCAAGGAGAAACUUUCUCUGGUACUUCCUCAAACCCCCCCAUACUUUCCACGGCAGUUCGAUCGCUGUGCUGUCAUUGGUAACUCUGGAGAUCUUCUAAAAACAAGGUUUGGAAAGGAGAUAGAUGAUUAUGAUGUUGUCAUCCGGGAAAACGGUGCACCUAUCCAGAAUUACACGGAUUAUGUAGGAAAGAAAAGUUCAUUUCGUCUUCUGAAUAGAGGAUCUGCAAAAGCUCUUGAUAAGGUUGUUGAGUUAGAUGAAACGAGGAAGGAAGCUCUGAUCAUAAAAACGACAAUUCAUGACAUCAUGAGCAAGAUGAUAAGGGUCCGUAAGUUUCCUUUUUCUCUUAAUCUGUCUCAUAGGCAUGUUUGGAGCAUCCUCCUUACUUGGCACAAGGUUUGCCUUUUGCAGGAACUUCCUAUAAAAAAUCCUGUGUACCUUAUGCUAGGGGCAUCCUUUGGAUCUGCUGCUAAAGGAACUGGGCUCAAGGCUCUUGAAUUUGCUCUAUCUAUCUGUGAAUCAGUAGAUAUGUAUGGUUUCACCGUGGAUCCUGGUUAUAAAGAAUGGACGAGGUACUUUUCAGAAUCUCGACAGGGUCAUACACCUCUUCAUGGUCGGGCUUACUAUCAGAUGAUGGAGUGCCUGGGGCUCAUCAAGAUUCAUUCUCCAAUGCGUGCUGUUCCAAACCGUGUCGUGAAGUGGUUGCCAAGCCAUAGCUUAAUCAGAGCUGCUAGAAUUGCAUCAGAGAAAGUGUUAAGGAGGGCUGGAGCUGCAUCUUUCGACCCUCUGGCAGCUUGUUCAAUUGUCAAAAAGCAAAUUAAAAGGAGCUCUAGAGGACUCUCCAGUCUCAGAAAAUCAGCAAUAGACCAUAAAAGAUAUGUUAGAGGGACAACAAUGUAUCCUUUGGAGCAUAGUCCUGGACAUGGCUUGCUUUGUACGGUGCCUGCUGAUUGAAUCUGUGGCUACUUCCAAUUGUUUUUCAGGUGGCAGAACCAAGGCGUACGCAUCUCGCCAGAGAGAUAUCAGGUUGAAAAUUUGCGGGAGCCAGGCCAGAUUCCGAACAUGUAAGUGGAGAAUUGCAAGCAAAUCUGGGUCGUAAAGCUCAUGGGAGUGGAUUUCCUGGAAGGGUCCAAUCUAGAAGACAGCCGCCGAUACCAUCACAUAACUCUAUGCAGUUCAAGCUCCUUUAGAAAGUUUUCCCCAAGUCUCGAGAGCCAUAAAUCCCUUACAAAACCUUCUCUUUUUACUUUGGAUCAAUUUGCAGUGAAAUCAAAAAGAAAAAUUUCCAAUUAAGCUCAAGUGACCUGCCAUGCAUGGGAAGAAAGAGAGCAAUGACCUAGUGAACGGUGAUCAGCUAGGAAAUUUUGCGACUUCUCGUCGCCAACUGUUGAUGCAGUAAACGUCACAGAAAUUUAAUUUGAAGAGUGGAAGAAGGAACCGCUUUAGCAA